AUGGGUUCUAUCGUCAGUCAGUCCACAUCAAAGGAUCGACCGUCAGACAAACCGAAGAAGGACUCAAAUGAACCGGCUGAUUAUACAUGGUUCUUCGAAAAUUAUCCUGAAGAUAUUAAACAAGACUCUUAUAAUGAUAGAUGCGUAAUAACAACAUUGUCAAAUGAUUUUCAAAUCGAACAUAUCGAAUCAUUUGUUAACCAAAAGUUUUCGGGUUUAGAUGAUGAUAUGAGAAAACAAGUUAAACAAUUAAUUAUGACUAACAGGGUUGAGAAAUGGAAAACUGAUCGAAUGUCACCCUCACCCUCAUGCGAAGAACUUGCCAAUGAAGAACGUGAAAUCAACGAAUAUUGUGCUGUUAAUAGCACAACAAGUAGUCUAUCAUUUCGUUAUGAAGGUGCUGAUAAAAUAACAGCUACUUUAAUAAAAAUACAACUUGAAAAUAAUUCUACAGUUGAUGAAUUGCAAAUCACUGUUGGAUAUAUUAAAGUUAAAAGACAAAUAAAGAAUGGCUCGACGGAUAUGAACACUUAUUGGAAACCUAAUGAACGUCGAAUUCACAGAGCUCUAUUGCAUAAAUUUAGUCAAAAAUUCGAUAAAUAA